AUGCGUGCUGAGUCUCGCGCGUGCUAUGCUGCCCGAUGCGAGUCCGCCAUCGGUUCUGUGUUCCGCGCGCACAAAGCCACUAACUGUUGUGCCGUACUACUAUACUACUACCACCAAUAUAAAACCUGCCGUAUACGCGAUUUUACGUGUAUGCGAUGUGCACGGGUGUAGGUGCGCGUUCGAGUCCGUUUUUCGCGCAAAAAUGUGAGAAUAAUGCUUGAAAAUAUGAGUGCCCGCCUUGUAUUGUAGUGCGCGCAAAACAGUGGAGUGAAUAGAGCGCGCAUUGUAAUACCGAACGUUCCGCGUGUAUAUACGUACGACCGCAGCCGAACGCUUCAUCCUAUAUACACACAUGCACACGCAUGCGAUCCGUGCGAAUAUAAUGUAAAAUAAGUGUAUUCGUGCGCGUGUGUUUGUCGGGCGCGCGUAAACGUACGAAUAUCAUACACACAUCGAACCGUGCGCGAGUCUGUGCUGCGAGCUGAAUAAGCGAGGGACCGAUCGCCGACCAACGCUCACAUUCAGCGAGGCGAAAGAAAGAAAGAGCGAAAGAAAGGAAGAAAGAGCGCGCGUACAUACACAACACAUACAAGUGCGCGAGUGAGCGUGUGUGUGCGCGUAAAAAAAAAGGCAUAUAGCUGCGAGAGAAUCGACGCAACGCGCGCGCGAGCAAAAAAUUCAGCAGUAUAAUAUAAUACCACGCUUUGGCUCCGCUUUUGCGAGACACAUACAGUCCGUGCCUGGCGUCCGAUUUAUUCCGUGCAUUUCGGAGCACUCCGUGUCUCCUGCUGCACCGACGUCGACGACGAUCGGAUCGCAUUCUCCGAGAUAAAAAAUAAAAGAGAGAGAGAGAAAAGAAGCGACUUUACGACAUUCGAGCCCUUCUUUAUUCCUGCGUUCGCCGAGCCUGUACAAGUGUGUUGUAGUAUUCCCUGCAGCGUACGUAUCGGGUACGUACAUUGGAGUAUAUAAAAUAUACAGCAGCACGCAGUGGCAGUGGUUUUCAAGGACUCGGAGUCGCGCCAAGGCGAGAGCUGCUCGCCUUCAACCCUUGCCUGCGUUGGUGUAGUGUCGCGCGUACGAGCCCGAGAGCUAGGCAAGAACGUGGAGGAUCAGCAGCCCCGAGGAGUCGCAUGCGCGACCUCCCGGCGGCCUAGGCAUCGUAGCAGCAACAGCAUCAGCAUCAGCUACACAUAGUAGUACACGAGAGUAGUGUAUAACGUAGCCGAUCGAAGCCAGGAAGGUCGCGCGUCUAUCUGUCUCUCUCUCUCACUCUCUUUUGCUGCUGCUGGCGAGAGAGAGAGAGAGAGAGAAAGAGCGCAGAGUAGUAGUAGCAGUAGUAGUAUAACGCGGUGCUGCUGCUCUUCGUGCUCGUCUCCCGCGACCUCCUCCUGCUCGCCACCUCCUCGUCUCGCCACGACUCGUCGCCCCGUGGCCGCAUCACCAGCCUCGCAAAAUACUCCGUGUGUGCGCGCGUAUGUGUACCUAUAUACAUCGGUGUAUGUAAGAGAACGGUCUCUCUCUACGCGCGUGUAUACCUAUAUGUAUGUAGACUAUAUACAUGUGUCUGUGUUGGUGCAGUGUGUGAGAGAAGCGGCCCCCUCUUUAACCCACCCACCCGCCGCGCGCGUAGUACUACGCGGAGUACGCUAGCGCGUACGUUCGAGUGACUACUGUGACUAGAUGCAGCGCAUAUAUAUACGUGCGCUAUUCAACAUAUAUACGCGUAUAUUCAUACAUACGUGUAUGUGAGUAUACGUAUUUAAUAUAUAACUACACAUUUACGCAAAGCGCAUACGUGCAGAAGUGCAGUGUCUAUAUCUAUGCAUCAAAGCUGUUUUGUGAGUGAGUGCGUUAUUUGUGUGCGGUGCGUGUGUACGUUUUAAGAGCUCUGGCCAGCCAAGUGACUGCUGUAGUUCUUAUAUCCAUGCAUACACAUAUUUGAUACAUUAGGUGUGUGUAUAUAGAGGACGAGAGAAAGAGAGAGAGAAAGAACGAGGCACACUCGCCAGCUCCGCAAGCAUACAGACGCUCAUUAUAAGAGCGGCGAAGAAUCGAAAAAGAAGCGAGCGAGAGAGAGAGAGAGACUCACUCACUCGCAUAGUGUGCGAAAGUGGCCUAACUCCGAUCGAGUCGAGCAUAUUGUGUGCAGAGAGGCACACGCGUCGUCGUCGCCACACCGACGCCACCGGGCCGCAAAUUGUACAACAAAAAAAAUACAUACAAAAUAAAAUAAAAUUACCAGUGCGGAGUAGCGGAGAGCCACAGCAGCAUCAUGUCGGCCAGUUCGUCCCAGCGGGUGCGCAAGUCGCCAUGCUCGGGCUCGACCAAGCAGGGCCCGAUGCGGGCCACCCUGCCCGUCAGCUCGCUACUGCGACAACAGAACAACACGAGCGGCGGCUCGGCCGCGGCCACCACACAGACCAGCAACAACAAGCAGCAGCAGUCCAACGCGGCCAACUCGACGUCGCAGACGCCGACCGACGUACAUCGCUCGACGUCGGCGUCCCAGACCACGAGCUCGGUGGCCUGCAACGCGCCGCCGCUGUCACCGACCCCCGGUUGGAGAUCGGCCACGACCAGUCGCAUCUCGCCGGACGCCUGUUCGGGUCAGCGCAGCCCCGGAGCACUGGCCUCCGGGCCCACGCGGGCCUCCAGCGGCUACUUCUCCAAAUCCAAGACGCUGAGCGCGCGCGGACCCGAUGGCUGCUACCUCGACGCCUCGGGCAACGGCCACCGCAUCAUCAGGCGCACCGCGUCCCUCGACACAAUCUACAUGCAGGGCCAGUGGCCCCGGGAUUAUUUACAAACCAGCCUCCUGCUCGUUGACAAAGCCACUCAGACGGACGAAUGGAGCAACACCGUGCCGAAGGUUUACGGUCCGCGACAUUCGGCCCCGUCACCGGUCGCUCCGGUCACGGCUACAGCCGCUGAUCAAACCAUGACCGACGAAAAGCUCGAAAAGUACUUUAGACAUCGUCUGCAACGCACCAACAAAGAAAGCACCAGUAGCCGCGAAAGAACCGCAGCUUUUGGACUCAUUACUCCGGGAGGACCGGCCCUACCCGCCGAUCAUUCCGUCAUUUUGCCCAGCAUCGCGUCCCAAACGUCUGCCUAUAACCAUUUUGGCUCGAGUAAGGCCAUCACAAUCAAGCCCAUGAGACCUCCAAUGCGAUCAUCAAUUGAAGGUUUGAAUCAGGAAAUUGAAGGUUUGGUUCUCAAAUCCACCUCAACUUCUUGCGAUGAUCAUCACAUUGAAGACAAGUAUGCCAGAUUGCGAGAUCAAAAUACACCUGAAGGACACCGUGCACCUCUGGCUGAUUUAUUCAGAGCAAAAUGUAGUGUCAACAGUGUUAAUACUCAAACUCCAGCAACUGAUCUUCCUUCCAGUUCUUACUCGUCAGGCCCUCCAUCAAGGAAUUCAGAGUCUCCACCAUUACCAGGUUCAGUGGAUGUAUCUCGUCCAUCUAGUGACCUGUUACAAGGUGGAAGCCGUGGCUCUACGCCAGACCAUGAUAGAGAAGGGCGCUUGGGUACAUCUCCUCAUAUUAAUAGAUUUUUGGCUAGAGAACCACCAGAUGGAUGUGAAAAAGUCAAUACAAAAUUCAUAGAAGAGGCCAGGCGGCCAAUGAUAGACUUGAGUAAACUAGACUAUUGUUCAAAGCCUAGUGUAGCAUUCCAAUUAAAACCAAGUUUGGGAUCGGCAUUCCUUCCACUUCAACAACCAGUCAGUCCAACAAUGGCUACUAAUACAACACCUUCAAUGCAUACGACACCAUCAACACCUUCUCCAAAUCCAUAGUCCUUGGAUGCAUAUAGCAUGAAGCAGUGUGUUAAUCUGGAUGGUAUUAGUACCAUACUCACAAAUACAAUCAUAUAUAUUUAUGUGUAUAUGAACAUUUAUACAUAUAUUUAUAUAUACAAAGAUAUAUAUAAUAUAUAUCUAUAUUUUUUCUUCAAUAAGACCUAAAUUGAUUCAUCAAAGUGUUGAAAAAAUGAAUUCUUAGACAGGUAAAUCGACUAUGUUACAAAAAAAUAGUAGUUUGUUCCCCAUUGCAGCUAAAAUUGAUAAUCUGUGGCCUGAGCAAUCAUACAAAUGGAAAAAUUUGAAUGCAUCAACUUAUAGUAAAAUAUAAGUGCAUGAAUAUUGAAAAGUAUUUACAUAGCUCUUGAGUUACGUUAAAUGUCCACAAAAUAAUAUAUUUAUAAAUCUACGAUAAUAAAAAUACGAGGAACAAUAAUUUGUGAUAAUUAAUAAAAGACAUGUAGAAAUAUGCAUUGUGUUCUACAAAAUGUAAGAUUUACGAAAUUAUGUGUAUUCUAAAUUAGUGCUCAAAGUGUCCUAAAUGACUUAUUUUUUACACAGGGAUACAAAUAUUCUGAAAACCUAUUAAUGACGAGAAAAGUAUUAAAUUUGAAUAGAGGUAGUGUAGUUACAAAAACUCAAAUUGAGUGAAAAAGUAAGAACAUGUAUUCACGUGUAUGAAUGGAAAAUUGCAAAUUUGUACAAAAAACUCUGACUUGUAAAGAGUUUUUGCAGUGUUGCUGCAAUUAAAAAUGUUUACAUUUUUUAAAUACUUUUAUGUUCAUUCUGUAUUAUUAUAAAGUUUAUUACCUCUUACAUAACUGCAAUUAUUGCUAUCUUUUAUAAUUAUGGUUAAUAUUAUUUUUAUAAACUCGAAUAUUACAUUUUUUAUGUCACAAUAUUAAGUCAAUAAAGGAAUGAGGUAAAAAGAUGAUUUAUAAAAACAUCAUCAUCCUCAAAGUCAUCAAAA